GCACUCACUGUGAUAUGGUCUCUCCCUCUGACCAUCUGGUUAAAGACAUUUUUUUAUUUUUCUCUGGAGCUCUAUGAUUUGCUGGUUAUUUAGAGAACAAGGGGAUUUUACAUAUAUGUUUUGACUCUAUGUGGGUGAGGUCUAGCAGUUUGUAUAUUGAAAAAGCUCUGUGUAAUACACCACAGUCCCGAGACAGCAUUGAUAUUAGACAAUGAAGAAUUGUCACAUAUUACUUUUCAUCUGGAUCUUUAGCCUCAGAGAUGGCAGAGCAGAGGAACCGAGCUGCUACGGGGGAUUCUUGGACCCAGAACAACACAUUAACAUCGGCCAGAAAUGGGGCCUAGGUCUCCCAGCAAGAACUGUUCACAUAGAUAUGACCAAAGUGACCAGCUCAUCAUCCUGCUUUGAAGUGCGCACCUUUGAUCCUGAGGGGGUGCUUAUUUUUGGAGACACCAGAAAUGGACAAGACUGGUUUCUAUUAGGACUAAGAGAUGGCCGCCCUGAAAUACAGAUAUGUAACCAGAUAGCAAAGUUGAGCGUUGCUGGGGGGCCAAAAAUAAAUGACGGAGAAUGGCAUAAGAUUCUAGUUCGCAGCGAUGAGCAUCGUAUUGUCCUUGAAGUUGAUGACCAGGAGACCCUCAGGAUUGGUCAUGUGACAGAGGUCGUCUCUCAGAGCCUGGACACUACUAUGAGAAUAGCCGUGGGGGGGAUCCUUACUAAUCACACCUACCUGAUGGAACCGUUAGUGACACCCUUGGAUGGCUGCCUGAGGAACUGGGUCUGGCUCAGUCUCACACCAGAAUGGCUCCAUGAUCCUGCCUCACUUAACCCACCAAAACGAUGUUUCAGUUCACACCGCAGAGGGAGUUACUUCCCUGGCACAGGAAAAGCAGUCUACAAAACCACAGAUAUCAUUCCGGUCUCACAAGACAGCCAGUGGUAUCUCUCUGUACAAAUACAACUUCAUUCAGAGACCAACUCAUUCUCACUUCUGAGUAUCUCACAUCCCAACGGUGAUCUUGUGUUGUCACUAAAAGGGGAACAUAAGAAUUUAAUACUAGAGCUGGGAAACACCACAGUGCUAUCAUUGUCUCUCCCUGAACUUGAAGGUUGUGAGGGGGCUCUGCUUCUUCUUGAGGUGACCCAAACUUCUAUCACUCUUCAAUAUGGGGGAAAAGAGGAGCAGAAGCCUCUAACUGAGGAGGAAUAUGUGGCCCUGAGGGAUGCCUGGCAGUCAGGGGGAUAUUUGUAUCUCGGAGGUGGACCAGAAGAGUCAACACAAUACUUUCAUGGGUGUCUACGGAAUAUUAUCUUCCAGGGAACAAACUUGGAUCUGGACUCUGCUCUGUACAAGAGUGACAGCAUUUGGUCACACAGCUGUCCCAAACCUGACAAGGACAUUAUAUAAUUGUGUGAUGCCUUCUAUGUCUGAUUUACUUCUUUUCCAGUGAUGAAACCACUCCUAUAUGAUAAUAAGGGCUCUUCAGACAGACAGAACCUCCCAUUUCUAUAGAGCAAAAUUACUAACGUAUGAGUGAUAUUUCCACAUUUCAGAGCAUUAGCUGUACAGAGUAACAUAAGUACUGCAGGGUUUUGACCCAGAGAAUCUUUAAUGAAUAUAGGACAUUCUCUUGUGUAUUUGUGUACCAGCUACAAUGUGCUAGAUCAAAAUAAAAAUGCCCUUACUUUGUG